AUGGGGCACUUGGUCUGCGAGGAUCCACCACCAGAUCCACCACUGCUGCAGCAGACAGCUCCGCCACUGCCGCUGCUGCAGCAGACAGCUCCUCCUCCUCCUCCACCACCACCACCACUGCUUCCUCCAGAUACGACAAUGGUUUUCCCACCUGAUCCUCCACCUCCUCCACCUCCUCCACCAGAUCCUCCUCCAAUCACCUUAACCCCACCUGAGCCUCCACCCCCAGAUGAGCUACAGCAAACGGCACCACCACCACCACUGCCGCCAGACGAGCUGCAACAUACUCCCCCACCAGAUCCCCCACCACUUCCUCCACCUAUGAUGAUGGUUUUCCCACCGGAUCCUCCACCUCCUCCACCUCCUCCACCAGAUCCUCCUCCAAGAACCUUAACCCCACCUGAGCUUCCACCACCAGACGAGCUGCAACAAACGGCACCACCGCCGCCGCCGCCGCCGGACGAGCUGCAACAUACUGCACCCCCACUGCCGCCGCUAGAUCCUCCACCAAUAACUAUGGGGAUCUUUUGCUGGCCCAUGCCACCACCAGAUCCACCUCCAACGCAGCACCCAGAAGACUGGCCGCCACCACCACCUCCGGAUGAUCCGCAGCAUACUGCACCGCCGCCGCUAGCUCCACAGCAAACCCCUCCAGAUCCUCCGCCAAUAACUAUGGGGAUCCUUUGCUGGCCACCUCCAUAUCCACCUCCAUAUCCACCUCCACCACAGCACCCAGAAGACUGGCCGCCUCCACUUGGUAUAAUGAUGAUUCCGCCGGACUGUCCGCCGCCUCCGCCGCCUCCACUGCAGCAGCAGCAGCCUCCUCCUCCUCCACCGCCAGAUCCUCCACAGCAGCCUCCUCCUCCGCGGAUUUGCAUCAUCCCACCGCCACCGCCACCGCCGCCGCAGCCACCAGAUCCUCCUCCGCCUCUUCCGCAGCAGGAUGAGCUUUGA